AAUCACUAAGAGACAUACUCAAGGUCCACAGGGAAUCUCUUAAUCUAUGAGGAGGGAAGUCAUUUAUGAAAGGCGCUGGACUUUCAUUAAUGUGACAAUGUCAGUGUGGAUAUUACUGCUCACUGUGGGAGUGUCCUGGGGUCAACGAACUGAACCCAUGUUUGCCUCAGUAACUCAGAGUGUUUUCCCGCCGGACUAUGAGAAUAACCCUACGCAGCUCAACUACGGUGUUGCUGUCACUGAUGUGGAUGGAGACGGAGAUCUGGAGAUGUUUGUGACAGGCUACAAUGGCCCAAAUCUGGUGCUGAAGUACGACAAGUUUAAGAAGAGGCUUGUUAACAUUGCGGUUGACAACCGCAGUUCUCCAUAUUAUGCACUCAGAGAUCGACAGGGCAAUGCCAUCGGAGUGACAGCAUGUGACAUAGAUGGUGAUGGCAGAGAGGAAAUUUACGUCCUUAACACUAAUAACGCCUUCUCAGGCAGAGCAACGUACACUGACAAGCUCUUUAAGUUUCGUAAUGGGCGGUUUGAGGACCUCCUGAACGAUGACGUAAAUGAACAUAGAGACGUUGCCAAUCGCUUGGCUGGCCGGUCAGUCGCGUGUGUGGACAGAAAGGGAACUGGCCGUUAUUCCAUCUACAUUGCCAAUUAUGCCAGCGGAACUGUAGGUCCACAUGCUCUGAUUGAAAUGGAUGAAAGCUCAAGUGACCCUUCCAAGGGAAUCAUUGCACUGUCAAACGUGGCUGAGCAGGCCGGAGUCAACAAGUUCACAGGGGGACGGGGGGUCGUGGUCGGUCCCAUCCUCAGUCAGACCCUACCUGAUAUUUUCUGUGACAAUGAGUACAGCCCCAACUUCCUGUUUCGCAACAACGGAGACGGUACAUUUACAGAUGUGGCAGCACAAGUGGGGGUUGAUGACCCCAUGCAGCAUGGCCGUGGAGUGACGUUAGCAGAUUUUAAUCGGGAUGGGAAGACUGACAUUGUCUAUGGAAACUGGAAUGGGCCGCAUCGUCUGUUUCUCCAACUCGGCAAUAAUCGCAAGCAAAGGUUUAAGGACAUCGCCACACAGAAGUUUUCCAUGCCAUCUCCUGUUCGUACCGUCAUCGCAGCCGACUUUGAUAAUGACAAUGAACUGGAGGUUUUUUUCAAUAACAUUGCCUACAGAGGACCAUCAGCCAACAGACUGUUCAGAGUUUCUCGGAGAGAACAUGGGGAUCCACAGAUCGAGGAGCUGAACGUCGGGGAGGCCGCCGAACCCGAGGGACGGGGAACCGGAGCAGCUGUGACUGAUUUUGAUGGAGAUGGACAGCUGGAUCUUCUGGUGACGCACGGGGAAAGUGCAGCUCAGCCCAUCUCAGUGUAUCGAGUCACUCAGGGCUCAUCUAAUAAAUGGCUGCGUGUGAUUCCACGCACACAGUUUGGGGCUUUUGCACGUGGGGCAAAGGUGAUAGUCUACACCAAGCGAAAUGGCCCUCAUAUGCGCAUUAUAGAUGGAGGAUCAGGGUACUUGUGCGAGAUGGAGCCAGUGGCUCACUUUGGACUCGGGAAAGAUGUGGCCACCAGUGUGGAAGUGUUCUGGCCAGAUGGACGUUCUGUGGCGAGAGCUCUGGAGCCCAGCGAGAUGAACAAAGUGAUGGAGAUCUAUUACCCUGAGAAUGAGGAAGAGGCGACCCAAGUGGUGGAGAUCGAGUGUGGACCAGGAUUUGAGGUCAAUGAAAAUGGCCGUUGCACUGACCAAGAUGAGUGCACACAGUUCCCAUCUGUCUGUCCUUCUGAGCGACCCGUCUGCACCAACACCUACGGGAGCUUCAAGUGCCGUGCAAACAAGAGAUGUAACCAGGGAUACGAGCCUAAUGAUGAAGGGACAGCAUGUGUAGCCCAGGUGGCUUAUUUUGGAGGAAACAGAUCCUCAGCCUCCAAGCUCUUGGCUUCCCAUCUUUCCCAGCCUCUCAUACUAACUCUUCUCGCUGUCUUUACUGCUUGCUUGGGGGCAUGAAGGGCAGUGCCUCCCCUUUCCUGACACCUCUUCCACCCUGCUUGGUCUCCGAUUCUCUGCUUUCCUUUUUCGUUCGUUUGGGAGUCAGCUGUAAAAUGAACUCUCCAUGGAUCUGUCGCUCUUGCAAUGUUGUCACUAACAGACCUGUAUAAAUAAUGUUUCCCUUUUCAGUUGGGACCCACAAAAGAUCCCUGUUUUUUAGAUAAAACAAGCAUUCCCACAGGAAGAUCUUCAUGUGCAUCAACUGUGAUGUGGGAUAAGAUUGUGAUUGUAGUGAUCUUUAUGAAAGGCCGUGUCCCAGCGUGUUACAGGCGAUUUUGAGUUCUAGUGCAUUCAGUCUCAAAUCUGCAGCAGCGUGUUAGCAGGUUUUCCAGAAGAGCAUAUGCCCGGCCAUCUGUUUCACGCAAGGUUACAUUCCUUGUGCUCUGAAUAAUACAUUCACAAGAGAUUUGUACUGUACACUUUUGACCCUCACCAGUACUCACGACUGCCCUUGGGAUUCGUGCAUGUUUUUUGGCAUGGAUGAGAAUUGCAAAACACAGUUUCAUUUAGCAAAAUGUUGUUAAGAUUUAUACAUGUUGGAUUUCACAGUGAUCAAGCUGCAGAAACAUAGACCCAGACCACAUCAUGAAGUAAAACCUUUAUUUUCAAUUCUCAGCUUUAAAUACUUCAAUAGAAAUAUGUCAGUGUUUCAUUUGAGUGUUGGUUGUUGCUUUAAUAGGACAUGAUGUAUUUUUGUUUACAAAUUUGCCAUGACCAUAACCAAAAAUUACUUUUAAAUAUUUUAACUAUAAAAUAUAAAGUUCAGUACAGUAAUUUUCUAUAAAAAAAGUGUCUGUGGCCAUUGUCCAAAGAGAGAGAAAGAGGGGGGAAACAACAUUAAGAGUAUUCCAUACAACUGCUCUGCAGUUGGAAAUAUGUUAAUGCAAUGAAAAAAAAAAAUGGUGUAUGAUUUAUUUGAAAAAAUUUCACACAAAAAUUGCUAGUAAAUUUCACAAAAAUCCUCCAAUGAAUUAAAAAUGACAUUUUGAAGUAGAAAUAUUACAAACUGCUUUUUUCCCUCAUGUGAACUAUUCACUGUAAAAUUAAUGUUUCAUGCAAAUAUGAAAAUUGUCAUUAUUUACACAUUUAAUUUUUAGACUUGUAUGCUGUUAUUUAUUUUUGUAUAGAACAUUGAAAAGAAUCUUCACACAACUUAUUUUCCUCAUUCAUGACCAUGCCUGUCAAAAAGCUAAAACAAACCCUAAAAUAGUUGCUCUAUACAGUCUUUUUAAGAAAUAAGAUCGUUUUUAUGAAGAACAGACCAAAGUUUAGGUCAUUUUUCAAUGAAACGGUCUGUUUCUCACACAGAGCUUGCCAGUGGCUUCAGAAGUCUGGAAAGAAAGCACACAAAUCAUACGGACCACUUUUAUUGUGUUUUGUUUAGGUCCUUUUAGAGGAUAAGUAAAUACAUAAUGACAGAAUUUUAUUUGUAGGUGAACUAACCCUUGAAGUCAUUAUUCAUUGGUAAUGGCUUUGGAUUUUUUCCCCUUAUUCUAAACCAGUCGGCUUAGUAAAUGCAUCACUAUUGUAGAUGUUUAUUUAUUUUUUUAUUCAUUUUAAUAAAUUGAUUUAAUUUUUGCCUUUUCAACCCUAGUUAUUGGGAAUAUUACAGAUGGCUAUGCAGAAUAUUCACCAAAGGUUAAUGAACCGUGUGUGGCUCAAUGAAAAAGGCAUUUUAAAAUGCAGUGAGAGAUCUGUUUGCUUUGGGUGUAAAUAUUGUUAUUUCCUACAGAAUGUUCUUGACUGAAAUGAGACUGCUUAUACAGGAUCACUGCUUCCAGUGCAUCUCAGAAUCCACAUUCGCUGCAUUUUUUAAACAUUGUGUAAUGUCAUAACGCUUUUGAACAGUCGCACCAGUAACAUUUGAUAUGAAUUCACUGUGGUCUUUGAAGGAGGUGUUAAAUAACUUCUGAACUGACUCAUGAUGUGUGCAUUGGCUAAAGACCCCUCAGUCUCCAGGGGCGAAUAGAUUCUCUUGAUUUUAUUACGCUGCUCUAAUUUUCCAUGUCAUGACUCAGACGAAACAUGUGCCAACUGCUUCGGGAAAAAUGUCAGAUCUCACAAGAGCUGACAGAUGCCACCUAUAAUUAUUAUUUAAAUGAUACAUGUAGUUAGAGAGCAGAUUAAAUCAAGCUUACCUCAGUGUCAUGGUUACAAGGAAAGGCAGAGUGUGGAAUCUUAAUAAAUGCAUGUCAUGGUAAAGGGAUAUGUGAAAAUAGGACCCGUCUUUGUAAUUUCUGCCAAAGCAAUUCUGAUGAAAAUGCCAGCAUGAGUUUCUAUGCUAGUCUGGUUUGAGCUGCUUAACUAGCAUGAUUUUCCAGUGAAAAGACUGGUUAAGCUAGUUAAGAAGCUUUUUGGGCAGCAGACCAGCAUGCAAAACACAACAUACACUUGUGUUUUUAGCAGGGAUGAAUGAUGAAGGACUGAAUGAUUAGUCACAUUGUAUUAUGAGCUGCUCCCGAUGAAGAUGUAAUCUCCACUUUUAUGUAGAAAUGAUUAUGGAAAAAGAAUACAAGUCUAUACUUUUAGUGAAAAUAUGGCAAUGUCAUGAUUUUGGGUUUUGAAUGAAUUGUUGCUCAUUUUCUUUGCAGAAAUCGCUAUAAUUUGGGAUCCAUGUGUAAAAUAAAGUCAAUAUCUUUUUCUGGUUUA